UUUAGAGAUGACGACACUUCUUCUUCCUCAAUUAAACCAUAUCAACAAGCCACUACUAAUCUCAAACCAACACCACCGAAAACCGUAUAGAUCACCAGUGAUCUCCGCCGUAUCCGGUAAGCAACUGGUAACUUCGGGUGAGGUUCGGGCGGUGGAGCCGAGAGAAGCCAAAACGUUGGUAUCGUCGGAGGGAUACGUGCUACUAGACGUGAGGCCGGCUUGGGAGAGAGAAAAGGCACAUGUGAAAGGGUCCUUACACGUGCCACUGUUCGUGGAGGAUCCAGACAAUGGGCCGAUCACGCUGCUGAAGAAAUGGAUUCAUUUGGGGUACAUUGGGCUUUGGACGGGCCAGAGAUUCACCAUGUUUAAUGACGAGUUUACCCUCCAUGUUGUCGAGGCUUUCCCGGACAAGAAGAGUAAAGUGCUUGUCGCGUGCGGUGAAGGACUCAGGUCAUUGAUGGCAAUAUCAAAGCUGCACAGAGAAGGUUACAAAAGCUUAGGAUGGUUAACCGGAGGGUUUAACCGAGCAACCGAAGGAGAUUUUUCAGAGAUUGAAGGACCAGAAGAGCUUCGGUUUGCAACAAUAGGUGGCGCAUCAUACUAUUUCCUCAAACUACUUGUAUUGUUACAGAGCUUUGGCAAAGAGAACCGUUAAAUUUUUAUUCAAUAAGAAGAAAAAAAAUUGAAAUUUAAAUGUGUCCGGUUUAUCUAGUUGAACCGGUUACGGCGCCAUUCUAUUGUUUUAUUACCAAAAAUCCUUACGCUUCCGACAGUGAAAUUUAAAUGUGUCCGGUUUAUCUAGUUGAACCAGUUACGGCGCGGUUAUGUUGUUUUAUUACCAAAAAUCAUUACGCUUCAGACAG